AUGAAAUCGGGCCACGAUAACGUGGUGUGGUCGCUGCUUGACACGGGGGAGCUGGAGAACCUGCAGGCCUUCACUCCACCCAACUUUCCCUGGUUGUCCAUCCAUGAGGAUGAUAAGAUAACUCCCUUGCAGAAGGCAGCUUUGGCAGGCAUCUCUUCCGAGGCUUUUGAUCCCUACUUCCGCGUAAUUGAGUGGGUGGUGGGCGAAGGGGCCGAUCCAGCCCAACAAGCACCGGUCUCUUGCACUUACGGCACAGAUCUGUGGAAGAAUCAUGACAAGAAAGGAACUCGAGUCCACAUCGACUACAAAAACCACUCUGCAGUUUCGCUGGUCCUCUCAUGUCGCAAGUGCUUGGAACAUGAGAUGAGUCAGAAAGGCAAGCAGCAGGCUGACUGGUCAAGAGAGAUCGAGUACCUCAAAGGCGCCCUCGCGCUUAUGGCCAAGACAGAGGUCAACGUCAAGCGCCCGCGCAUCACGAUCAGUCGAAGUGUGGUGGAGCUGUGGGAGGGCUUGUGCCAGUGCACCAAGACUCACAAUGUGACCUUUGAAACAUCUGAUGGGCAAGUCACGGCACACGAUCUGGUGUUGCAAAAAGCAUCGCCUGUCCUGGACGCCAUGCUCUGCGGCUCUUUGGUGGAAGCCCGCAGGAAAACCAUCGAAGUGAAGGAUGCUACCAGCAGUGGAGUCUCCUUAUUCCUAGAGGUGUUGUACACCGGCUGCACCUGCAAUGACUUGGAGUGGCACACCGUGCUGACAGCAAUGGACUUGGCGCACAGGUGGUCAGUCGACUACAUUGUUGUUAUGCUCAGCGGGAUUCUGCAAACAUUGAUUAACGAAGAGAAUUUUGUUGCGAUCAGCGAGGCUGCUGCAUACAAAGGCCCUGACAGCCUCAGGAAGGCAUGCCGAAUGUUCGGCAACAACAACAAGACGAUCCAGUCGCAGCUGAAAGCUGGCAAGUUACCGCGCAUCGUGCAAGACUUGCUCGGAAUCUCAGAGGGGCUGAAUGCGCAGAAGCGGAGACGAAGUUUGUAA